AUGCUCAUUAAACUGGAUUUAAAAUGGGGCUACCACCAGUUAGAACUCCAUCCAGAUUCCAGAAGCAUCACAACGUUGACUACACAUUGUGGUCUUUACCAAUACAAGCGCCUCAUGUUUCGGAUAAGUUCAGUUCCAGAAGUAUACCAGCAUGUCAUCCAACAAUUAUUACAAGGCUGCAAAGGUGUUGCCAACAUCUCAGAUGAUAUCAUCAUUCAUGAGAAGAACACUGAGGAACAUGACAGAAGAUUGCAGCGAGUUUUGGAAAUGCUGAAAGAGAAGAACCUCAAAUUGAAGGCAGAGAAGUGUAAGUUCCAUAUGACCCAGAUGGUCUUCAUGGGACUGCUGCUAAGCAACAAUGGUAUUGUUCCUGCUGAAGACAAGGUAAAUGCGAUCGUUGAUGUAAGAGAACCGCAAAGCGCGUCAGAAGUCAGAGGCUUUCUGGGACUGGCAAAUUACAAUGCCCGUUUCAUUCCGGACUUUGCUACAGCUGCAGAGCCAUUGCGAAAGUUGACCAAAAAGGUGUUCGUUUCGAAUUUGGAGAAGAGCAGAAGAGUGCAUUCAAUGCGCUUAAGAGGAGACUAUCAAGUGCAGAUAGUCUUGGCUAUUUUGAUAAAGAUGCUAACACCACUAAUCAUAGCAGAUGCAAGCCCGGUGGGCCUCGGUGCGAUCCUCAUCCAAGAGCAGCAAGGCAGGAAAAGAGUCAUUAGCUACGCAAGUAAGAGUUUAAGCGCAGUGGAAAGGCGUUAUUCGCAAACAGAAAAAGAAACUUUAGCUGUCGUAUGGGUAUGUGAACGAUUCUAUGUGUACUUGGACGGUAUUGAAUUCACACAGUAUACUGAUCAUAAGCCGCUGGAAACAAUCUACUCGAACAGGUCCAAACCGUGUGCACGAAUCGAAAGAUGGAUCCUGCGAUUACAGCCAUAUAAAUUCCAAGUCAAAUACCUACCUGGCGAGCAGAAUAUUGCUGACCCAUUGUCACGCUUGUUGCAUGCGAAUGGACAAGCGGAACCAUCACCGGCGCACAAGGUCUCGGAUGAAUUUGUCAGGUUCGUCGCAGCAACCGCCACUCCUCAAGCGAUGACUUGUGAAAUUGAAGAAGCCUUAUCAGAAGACAGAGAGUUUGUGGAACUGCGCGAGUACAUUAAAGAUGGAAACUGGAAAGGUGACCAGCAUAAGCAGUACGUACGAGUAUGUGGUGAACUGUGUGUUAUUGGCAAGCUGAUCCUUCGUGGUACCAGGAUUGUCAUACCGAGCAAGCUUAGACCUCGAGUAUUGAACCUUGCCCAUGAAGGACACCCAGGAAUUGUCAGUAUUGAGCAGAGGCUGCGAUCAAAAGUCUGGUGGCCUGGAAUCGACAGGGAAGCCGAGAAGUUUUGCAAAACUUGUUAUGGCUGUCAGCUUGUAAGCAGCCCAGCAACCCCAGAGCCAAUCAAGUCAACACCAUUACCAAGUGGCCCCUGGAAAGAUUUGGCCAUUGACCUGUUAGGCCCAUUACCCUCAGCAGAAUCUGUCUUAGUCAUCAUUGAUUACUUCAGCAGAUACUAUGAAGUAGAAGUCAUGCGUUCCACAACGUCAGAAAAAGUCAUAGAGUGUUUGGAGAAAAUCUUCACCACGCAUGGACUACCUCAGUCACUCAGAGGUGACAACGGUUCACAAUUCAGAUCUGAAGUAUUUGAAUAG